GGAAAAAAACACAACCUCCUAUCAUCUACUUUAAUUGUUUAAUGUGUUCAAUCUUUUUAUUAAACCAAUUAACAAUAAACAAAAAUGUUAAACUUAAAAUCUGAGAGGCACUAUUAACAAACUUUACCUGGAGUUUAGUAGCAUCAAUAGUUUUGUUAUCAACCAACUCUUUACUUUAUCAUUCAAUAUACAUAUUACAUAUAUAUAAUUUUCAUUAUUAAUAAAAUAUAAUGAAAUUAAGUGGCCUAUUUUUAAAUAUAAUCAAUUUUUUUGAACAUAUUUAAUAUUAACCAUCACUUUUCCAAUGGAAACCAUUAAUUCUAUAACCAGCGAUACAUAUAAUGGAAACCUGAGUGAUACUAUCAUCGCCAAAAAUCCAACAAAAUUGAAAACAAUUGAAAGCCAAAAAGACUAUUUAAAACCUCCAGGAAUACUAAAAAAUUCAAAGAAUCAGAUUUUAAAUAAAAAUUUUAAAGAUGAAAAUGAAAACAAUUCAAGUAAUUCCUAUAACUAUUUCUACAAAAAACUAUCAAAAAAAUAUAGUAAAUUUUUACCACUAUAUUUGAAACAAUCAAAAGAAGAAUUAUGGGCUAGAUUUAAAUACAUAAAUUACCAGGAACAUCAUAUUCGAGUAAAUAAAAAUGAUCCAAAUAAUUCAAGAACAAUCGCUAAAUUACAUGUUAACAAAUCAAGGAAUAGGUAUAGGGAUGUUACUCCUUUUGAUAAAAACAGAGUAGAACUACCAAUAAUCAAUAACAGUAUUAUUGAAUAUGAUUUGAAUGGAUUGGAUACCUCUAGUGGAUUAUCGUCAUAUUUAACUGAUGAUGAAGAAGAAAAUGAAAAUGAAAAUGAAAAUGAAAAUGAAAAUGAAAAUGAAAAUGAAAAUGAAAAUGAAAAUGAAAAUGAUAACCAAGGACAAGAAGAAAGUCAUUGUAAUAUUCAAAAUCAAAAUCCCCAAAAUGCCCAAAAUAAUCAAGAAUUAAACGACCAAAAUAAUCAAAAUAAAAAUAGGAAAAAAAUGAUCAAUAAUGAUAAUUGUUCGAUAAAUACAAAUGAUGAUAGGCAUAGUAUUGCAGCAUCUACAAAGUCUCAUUUUACUAUAAAAAGCAAACGCUUUGAGAGAAAAAAAAGUAACUAUAUCAAUGCUUCAAGAAUAAAAUUGAGGAAUCAAAGUUAUAUUGCUACUCAAGGACCAUUAAAAGAGACUAGUUUACAUUUUUGGCAAAUGAUUUAUAAUGAAUCAUUACCAUUUUACGGAUUUUCACCUAGUACUAGCUCUAAUAAUUCGUUGAACGUUGAGGUUGAGCCAAUAAUUGUGAUGUUAACACCGACUGUUGAAAAUAAUGUUGAAAAAUGUUUUAAUUAUUGGCCUAAGUUUCAAAAAGAUUUUAUUUUGAUUAACGAUAAAGACUUUAGAUUUAAUUUGAAAAUUGAAAACUUGAAUACCAACUUUAUAAGCAGAGGUAAUUUUUAUCAUACUAAGUUAUUAAUUACUCCAACAGCUAAUAAUUUAAAUGAGAAUAAUAUUGAUAACAAUAAUAACAAUGAAAAAAGAAAACGGUUUCACCCAUUUCAUAGAACAAUUACAAAUAAUUUUAAUAAUCGCCGUUCUUCAUUUCAAUCAAUAACUCGACAUAGCACUUCAAGUGGGGAAAAUUUACAUCAUAAUAAUCCAAAUAAUCCAAAUAAUAAUAAUAAUAAUGGUAUGGAAAAUUUACCAUUUUCAAAAAUUGUUCAUCAUAUCUAUUAUGAUAAAUGGAAUGAUUUUGGACGACCGGAUGAUUAUGAUAGUGUUAUUGAAUUGAUUAAAUAUGUUGAAGUUUUAAAUUUAAACAACUCAAACAAAAUUCCAUUAACAGUACAUUGUUCAGCAGGCGUGGGGAGAACAGGGACAUUUAUCACAUUACAUUAUCUUUUAAACUAUUGCAAAGAAUUCCAAAGAAAAACUAUAAGAGAGAUACUUGAAAAUUCGAAAAAAAUAAAUCAACUUCAAGCAGAUAUAAUAUUUGAUAUAAUUUGUAAUCUAAGAAGUCAAAGAUUGAUGAUGGUGCAAAAUAUAACGCAAUUUUUUUUUAUUUACAAUUUUGCGCGAGACAUAUUGCUAAAAAAAAUUGAUAAUUUCAAAAAAGAUUAUGAUUAUGUGAGAAAUCUUGAGAAUAUAUAAUUUGGAUAUUCAAAUUUACCCCAGUUUUUCUUUUUGGUAAAACAAAACCAAAAAGAUGUAGCAUUGAAGUGAGCAUUACCUAUUAUAUUUCCUAAUCUGGGAAUUGGAUCAGCUGCAAAGACAUAAACAAAACGUGACCAAUGUUGACACAACCGC